GGGUUUUUCCAGUUUUCAGAUAUUUAAUGAUCUUGUUAGGAAUAAGCAGAUUUUUUGUUGUGCAGAUAUACGUGUUUUGAUUCUAUCAUAAUAUACCGGGAUGGAUCAUAUUCCUCGGCUAUCAGAGUCUGUGUAUGUGGGACUAUGUCGUAAACUAGGGAGUCCUACAGAAGUGAGGAUCAGGAGAGAAGUGAUGGAUACUCUGGAGGUUGUAAACAAACCUUUAUACAUCAUGAGGGGUCUUGAUAGAAUACAGAGCGGGAGUAGACGUGAGGGAUUCAGACUGAGGACUUCAGAUGAUGAUUGGAUGUUCUGGCUUCCGGACCACAAAGUUAUAUGUGAUCUCUCUCAGAUCAGUCUCUACCGUAUCCAAGAAAACACUAUGAUUUUGAUGAAUUGUAAUAAUCUUCCACCGGGUUUUACCAGACUUUACCUAAUGAGUCCAUCAAAUAAUGUACAAACCGUUUUCUCCUGUGUAGUAUUAAAUUACAGUGUAUUCAUUUCAAGUGCAUUAUUCAGAAAUAACCAUUUGAUUUACACUAAGAUGAACACAAUCUCUUCUGCUUUCCCUCAUGGACCUUGUUGUACAUUUUCCGUAAGCAAGGGAAUAGAAACUGACCAGGCGUUUUGUUUCCAGUCACAUCACUGGCCUACGUCAGCACUGCCAUGGAUACAGAGAUGUCGACAACAGGGUUGGCCAGCCCAGAAUGUUGUAUCGGAAAUAUUAAGCGGAGGAUUUCAUGUGGUUCCUAUCGGAAGCACUCCUGAUAAUGGACUAGAAUGGAGAAUAUCUUUCUCAAUAGCAGAACAAAAACUUAUUUAUUCAAUGAAUCACUGUCAGUUUUUGUGUUAUGGUCUUCUUAAAAUAUUUCUCAAAGAAGUAAUUAAUUGUCAGACCAGUACACAAAUUAUUUGUUCAUACUUCCUGAAAACUAUUCUAUUUUGGACUAUACAUAAGAAUACUUCUUUGAUUUGGACACCUGAUAACUUAUUGUCUUGUUUCUGGAUAUGCUUUAAAUUAUUGAUAAAUAAUGUACGUACUGGGGAAUGUCCAAACUUUUUUAUUCCACAAAACAACAUGUUUAGAGUGAAAGUCACUGGUUCUGCGCAAACCUCACUGUUCAGUCAGUUGUAUGAUUUGUACGGUAAGGGGAUAUCCUGUUUACUCUUGAGUGAAACAAUCAGACCUUACCUCUGUAGGGCUAUAUUAAACAGAACAUUCAGAGUCUGUACAGACGAGAGCAGUAUUGCAUCUAGCACCUAUUUAGAUGCUGUCUUAUUUAGUGAAUUACCCUUAUUUAAUCUAUGCAUUGAGCGUAUUGAGGAAUUUGUAGUUUACAUAAAACAAAUAGAGAAAAUGAUUAAGGAAGGAUUGUCAUCGUAUCAACCAGUCAUUUUACAAAGUAUCACAUCAAAUGUGUUACGGAACGCUGCUUUGUAUGUGCAAAAAAACAUAUGUCAAAAUGAAAAUUCUAGUAAGGUUUUCUAUCAAGCUAAAAGGGGAUUUAAGAUGCUAAAACAGUCGUGUAAGUUCGGCUGUGUGUCUGAUAUCCUUUAUCUUGCUAUGUACUUCUACAGAACACGUAGAUAUGAAGAUUCACUCAGUUGUUUACAUAAAGCAACGGAAAGAAUGUCAAUGCCAUAUAUAAUGUAUUUGGGUCAUGUCAGACAACAUUUGUACCUAUAUUGCCUAGAAAGGGAUACCCUGGGUAGUAAGAUGAGGAGAGCUCUAGUGAGGGAUAUCAUGCUACAAUUUAAGUACACUUACAUUGAUGAACUAUCGUUAGAGCAGGGGAUCAAUAAGAAGAAUGAAUUUUUGUCAUUAAAGAUCCCACCUUUUGUGAUGUUACACAUGUUGUUUAUACUGAAUCACCACAAACUUGGUAACACAGUCAGGUCACAACAAUCUCUACAGGAUCUACAGACUCUGCUGCUCUAUGAUGACGGGGUUUAUGUACCUCAUGUCUUUAGAGAUAUUUCGUGGCAGAUAUUGGGCAUAUGUCAACAAAUCUGUGGAGACUUUUCGGGAUCUCUCCGGUCUUAUCAAUAUGCCUUACAACAAGAACCAGUAUUUCACAAGAUCCAGGAAGCAACACUGUUACGUAUAGAGAACCUUUCUGAUAGGAUGUUGUAAUUUUUUUUUACAUUCAACAUUGCAUAAUGUUUUUCUAACCUAAUUUUUGUAAAGGACACUGUAAUUUUUUUUUCAUAACUUUUUCAACCAGUUAUAUUAUUUUACAUUAUUUUGUAACACUUGCAUAUUUUACUUUAUAUUUAGUGUUUCAUCACUUAUAUUGUAAGUUAUUUCAUACUACUUAGUUUUCCUGAUUUUUUUGUAUUAAUGCAAAUAUUAAUUUGUUUUAUGAUAUAGUACGCUGUAUACUCAUACUGAUUCAAUGUCCGAUCUUUCCCUUGUAUUCCAUUGUUUAGACAUCUAUUGAGAAAGCAAAAUGUCAUUUGUUCAAUUAUUUAAAA